AUGGAGAGCUUCUUCAUCUACCGAUGCUUAUUCUUCUUUGUCUUCUUCAACGGAGCUUUCGCAGCUGCAAGCAAGUUUUGGAGCAGAAUAGAGAUGGCUGAGAUGAAUGGCUAUGGAGAACACAAACUCUCCUCCGUAGUCAUCACCGGCUCUCUUCUCUGCACCACCCCUGUUUCAGGUGCUAUUGUUGCCAUCAAGUGUCAUACUGGUUUCAAAAGUAGAUCAAAAUGGGUUAAAGCAGUUACUGAUGACUUUGGAGAGUUUGUCAUCCAUCUUCCUUCUCAUCUUCACGCAAUUCCACACUUGGAAAAAGCAUGUUUCGUCAAACCAAUACAUGUGCCUAAGCACUAUCAUAGAUGCUACAAGACUUUUUCCAAAUCCAAUAUACACAAAGGCAUCAAACUUGUUUCUUCCAGAAACGGCUUCCGUGUCUACACUUCAGGGACGAUCAAGUUACAUGGAUACAGUUCAAGAUCAUCCCAAGCUCAUAAAGCCGACAUGUAA